GAUGCAUCGGAAAACAUCAGUAAACAUCGGCAGAAAUUACAUCACUAAUUACUUCGGUAAAAAUAAUUUUGCGCAAAAAACCGAAACAGCCAUGGCCGGACGUGAAGCCAUUAAACGGGCCGUACAGCAGGUGCGUCCCAUUCUGUCCGUCGACAGGGAGGAGGCACGCAAGCGUGCCCUGAACCUUUACAAGGCCUGGUACCGCCAGAUUCCCUACAUCGUAAUGGACUACGAUAUUCCUAUGACUGUGGAGCAGUGCCGCUCCAAGUUGCGCGAGCAAUUUGUCAAGGACCGUCAUGUAACCGACAUACGCGUGAUUGACAUGCUCGUCAUCAAGGGGCAAAUGGAGCUGAAGGAGACGGUGGAGAUCUGGAAACAAAAAGGCCAUAUUAUGCGCUACUGGAAGGAGUCGCAGGAGCCCAAGCCCACAGACUUCCUCUCAAAAUUCGUCCAGGGCGUUAAUUAGAUUUUCAAAUUAAAGUAGCUUAAAUAUAUUCCGAGUCCGGAGUGAACAAGUAACAAAAGAUCUGGGGGCGCUUCAGAAGCACUUUUAUAACGGUUUAUUGAGAUUGGUAACUUCAGAAAUAUCAUGGUUUCGUUUCUAUGUACCUUCAGUGACAUACACGUGAAUGUAAAUACCACCA